ACUGCAUCCGAUCAGACCAAACCAGUGAGGCUCGUGAGUGAAAUGUUCUACGCUGUCGUAGUGAUAACGUUAUCGGCGCUUUCACACAGCGUCUCUGCCGGAUGUCGGGUGUACUUGAACGGGAAUCUAACACAGAAUCAUCCGCCGCUUUUCCUGCACCGAACAGGCAACCAAUUCGAGCUGUUACAGCCCACGGGAUCGUACUUUGAGUGGAAACGCGGAGAAACAACCGUCGUCGGGUGUUCGACGACGAAAAAUGUCCUCACGGAGACUGGCACUGGCGUAGCGCAAUUGACGUGCAUCGACGGACAACAGUUUCGAACAGCAAGCUCCUCUGGGUCUGUAGAUUUUGGCGCCUUUAGCUGUCGCUCGACCGUGUCCGGUGUGAUAAGAGCACAAGAAAAACCGUGUGCAGAUGGAAUCGGUAGCUGGUACGAUGCGGGUUUCGAGGUCAACGGGGUGCCUUUUGUGAAGUACUUCCAGGUUUGCUACAAUCUCGCAACCUCAACGCCGAUCUACAGUGAACAUCAACUGCUGGGAGCAAGCUUGAGUCACGCGCAGAUAAACAAUGUCCGGCCGUCAUUCAAACUCGGCGUACUGACACCCACAGUCCGGUUGACGUCUGUGUACACCCAAAGAGAACAGCUGGAACGGUUUACGACGUUGCUUGGAUCUUCAAAGGAAGCAAGCAAGUACAUCGAUUCGGGAUCCUUCCUGGCUAAAGGCCACCUAACACCCGACGCUGACGCAAUCCUCAACAACUGGGCAGCUGCGACGUACUUCUUUUUGAAUGCCGCCCCCGAGUGGCAGAUUGUCAACGGUGGCAAUUGGAAGCGUGUCGAGAACGCGGUCCGUAAAGUGGCCACUCAACUGAACGACACGCUACAGGUGUACACGGGAGUGUACGACGUUCUCCGAUUGCCCGAUAUUGAGGGAAGCUCUGUUCCAAUAACUUUGGGAGGUGAUGGCUCAGUUGCGGUCCCAAAAUGGCUGUGGAAGGUUGCGGUACAUCAACCGACCAAUGCAGCUAUUGCUUUUAUUACGCUGAACAAUCCAUUCGCCACUAACGAGGAGCGAUUGUGCGAAGACAUUUGUGCACGGCAUGGAUGGCAUCAGAAGGAGUUUUUAGAGUUGCGAAAGGGAUUAACCUACUGCUGUGCUGUGUCGGAUGCACAGAACGCAAUCAAGCAUAUACCCAAAUCAAUUCGAAGUAAAGCUGUGCUAAAGUUGCAGUGAUUUGUAAUCUUCCCAACGUAACAAUUAUUCCAGUACAAAUGUUUGUUUUUUAGUAGGGUUAAUAAGUGUGGGU